AUGCUGGAUGAUAACAAACUGUCCAAUCCCAGCUGCUUUGCCAGCCUGGCUGGACUCAGGAGACUGAAGAAAUUGAGCCUGGACCAAAACAAGAUUUUCCGGAUCCCGUACCUACAACAGGUUCAGCUCUGUGAUGGAUCGGGGGACUGGGUUACAGAGGGACCAAACCCCCAGAAAGAGCUGCAGACCCAGACGUGGAUAUUUGAGACCCCAGAUGAGCAGCCAAAUUAUACUGUACUGCCCAUGAAGAAGGACGUGGACCGCACAGAGGUCGUGUUCUCAUCUUACCCUGGAUUUUCAACUUCAGAGAUCGCAAAGGAGGAUGCUGUCCUGCCAGCGGCUCUCUUCCCCUCUCUCUGUGACCUUGUCUUCCACAACAACCCUCUGGUAGCACACACACGAGGGAUCCCACCACUGCUAAAGAGCUUCCUCCAGGAGCGCCUGGGCAUCCGCUUAGUUCGAAGGAAACUGGUAAAAUCUAAACACCAUAUUUUGAUGCCUCGGAAGGAAUCACGAAAGGUGAAAACUCAUGUCCCCAAGGUGUCAAGGCACUCUCUGGUCCCCCAUCACAUGAGCUUGACUGCAGACAAGCCUCCCUCAAGUCUUCUGCGGGAGCCAGAGCCAGGAGCUGAAGCGCCGCUCUCUACCGAAAACGCUUCUCGUGAGGAGCUGCUGGCCACCGAGGGCCCAGAAGACACUUCCCUAACUCACCGGACCUUUGUGCCAAUGCCUCCCAUCUGCUCCGACUCCACUGUACACAGUGAGACGGUGUCCCACCCGAGCCGUGCAGCUGCCCUCUUGAGCCCAGAGCACCCAUCAGAUGAAGAUGCCAAAAGCACGGAGUCCAUCUUCCUGACCCAGGUGAACGAGCUGCCACCCUCCACCGUCCACAAGGAAAAGUUAGAGGCAAAGGAGAGUGACCAAAAGAGACCAUUAACUGCACCCAGAGAGGCAAAGAGGACGCGGAGGAAGCUUCCAUCUGCCUCUAUGCACAACAAGUACUAUGGUUAUGAGGAGCUGCUCACAGCCAAGCCUGACCCCGCCUUUGUGGAGCCCAAGGGCAUCCAGAAGAACGCCCAGGCCCUGCAUCGCAUGCUGAAGCAGCCGCUCAUCUGCCGGUCCUCCAAGCCCAGGCUGGACACUUUCCAGAAACCCUACAUCCCCAAGGAGAAGCGGGCUGGGAGGAUACCAAUCCCACCCCCACGGAAGACCCGAGCGCAGCUGCUGGAUGACAUCCUCAUUCGCAUGCGGGACCCUCGGAACGUCACUGAAGCUCCACUGGGCGUGGUGCUGCAGCGGCGCGCACAGCAGCGCCUGGUGAACCAGAAGCAGUACCGGGAGGCCAAGAGGCUGCUCAAGGAGUUCCGUGCGCGCUACAGGCAGCUGGUGCGCAGCUCGCUGCGGACUGUGUUCACCGCCAGCCCGCCGCCCAGGCCGCCCACCCGCCGCGCGCUGAGCGCGGGCCAGCCCAAGUUGGGCCGCUUCCUCGAGUUCAUGGACGAGUUCUGCCAGGACACCACGGCCAGCGACUCGAAAGAGUAGAGCUACGCACCGCCCUCCCCAGGGGCUAUGUGCCCUGGACCGUGCCCAGCCCUGAACAGAGGGGGCUUGGGCUCCAUCUUGCUUCGUGGUCAGCAUGUGGAGCUCGGCAGGACCUCGCCUCCCAGCCCGGCAAGGCUGCACCUGGUGGCUGGCCCAGCAGCAAUAAAGAGUGGUGCAUAGAGCAAUAGAGUGGGUGCCAAGCAUUCUUCCUGGAAGCCAGGCCAGGGCCACAGUGGUGGUGUCACUAAGGAGAAAAUCUCCACUGAUUCCUGCAUCCCAAGAGGGCUAUGAGAAACCCACCCGAGUCGCUCAUGACGGCUGAGACAGAGGAGUAGCAUAGAAAACUCAGAAGUGCGCUGUAGCCAGCAA